AUGGAACAUUCUCGCCCAAAGCGCACUCACCGGCCCCUCAUACUCCGCCUCCGCCUCCCUUGGCUACUUGUUGUGCCGAGCCUCCUGGCGGUGCUCGCCGUCGCCAUGGUAAUUCUACACUCGGACUAUGAUGUGCCAGCCCUUUACUCCCAGUGCCGGGCACACGCACGCAUGCAGGGCCUUUCGCGUAUCCACGUCAUUGGGCCGCCGUCCUGUUUCCUUGUCAGCUUCUUCCAGUUCGCCAACGCCUCGGUCCGCUCCUUUGCCCGCAUGGCAGUCAUCCUGAGCUUUGUGGCAGCCCUGCUAUCCGUUAGCCUGGUCGAGUCGGCACGACUGUGCAACAAGCCGAGCCGUGUCAUUUCCAAGCCCACACUCCCCUGGCUCGUAUUCAACCUCAUCGGCGGCGCCCUAGUCUGGGACUUUGUCAUCAUCCCGAGUUUCCUGAGAAGGGCCAAGGACGUCCAGGCGGCAAGGGAAUCUGCCAGAGCUGAGAGGCUCCGAGAGGACGACUCGGAUCUGGACCGAGAGGUCCGCUGUCUAUCGAGCCAGGUCGAGGCUUGGGCCAUUCCGAUCGCUGUUGCAUUGGGCUUCGUAGUUCCUAGCCUGGCGAUGCUGAUCUUGAACCACCCGAUCAGUAUUGCUGUGUGGCUCUUCUUCCCGAUAUGGGUUGCGGCGAUACGGUACGCGGUCAAGGUAGUGGGGGUCAACUCUGUUAUUGACCCUGAGCCUUAUCACUUGGAAUCCCGACGGUGGCCUCUUGUCGGGGUCUACGUGGUGCCAAUCUUGUGCUCGGUGCUGGCCCACGGUGUCUUGGUCUGGAACAUUUUCAGUCCAGACGACAGCAGGGAAAUGACGAGGGCUACAAUUCGUAUCAUUCAGAUUGACGCUGUCAUCAUUGUCCUCACUGUGUUGUACUGGAUAUUGGUCGAGGCUGGAGUGCUAGUGUCAUUGGCAUUCAUCGUGCUCUCCAUUUUACUGGGCCCCGGAGCUGGACUAUCGGCAGCUUGGAUCCUGAGAGAGAAGGCUAUUGAGAGAUACCCUGAUGGCAAAGAUGAAGGUCACGGCAGCUCAGAGCAGGCAGGGAGCAAUGAAGAGACACCACUGCUUCAGUAG